CGCCCCCAAAGGCCCGGUGACGUGGAGCAGGGCGGUAAUCCUGCCGCGAGCAGGAGCGAACGCCCCUCACUGCACAGCGCACCGUGCACUGCGGAGGAGAUCGGCCAGCAUGCCGCGCGUCUACAUCGGGAGGCUCAGCUACCACGUCCGGGAGAAGGACAUCCAGAGGUUCUUCAGCGGCUACGGGAAGCUGCUAGAGAUUGACCUGAAAAAUGGGUAUGGCUUUGUGGAGUUUGAAGACACGCGAGAUGCAGAUGAUGCUGUGUAUGAGCUGAACGGCAAGGACCUGUGUGGCGAACGUGUCAUUGUGGAGCACGCGAGAGGACCGCGGCGGGAUCGCGAUGGAUACGGUGGGGGUUAUGGGGUUCUGGGUGCAGUAAGCAGUAGUGGCUACAGCAGCAGGAGCCGUACUGGCAGAGAUAAAUACGGCCCUCCCGUUCGUACGGAGUACCGUCUCAUUGUGGAGAACCUGUCCAGUCGCUGCAGCUGGCAGGACCUCAAGGACUUCAUGCGGCAAGCAGGAGAAGUCACUUACGCUGACGCCCACAAGGAGCGCACUAAUGAGGGCGUCAUUGAGUUCCGCUCCUAUUCAGACAUGAGGAGAGCCCUCGACAAGUUGGAUGGCACCGACAUCAAUGGCCGCAGGAUUCGUCUGGUAGAAGACAAGCCGCGCCGUCGUCGCUCCUACUCCGGCAGUCGAUCCAGGUCCCGCAGUAGGAGACGAUCGCGCAGCAGAAGCCGCAGAAGCAGCCGGUCUCGUAGUAACUCUCGAUCUCGAUCACGGUCUCGUUCCCGCAGCAAGCGACGGUCCCGCUCCAGGUCUGGCGGUAAAUCCCGCUCCAGGUCUGGCCGCAAGUCUCGGUCCAAGUCCCCGGCCCACAAGUCCCGGUCCCAUUCCCGCACCCGGAAGUCUCAUUCUCGUACCAGGAAAUCUCGUAGCCACUCAGCGGGUCGCAAGUCCCGGUCUCGCUCCCAUAGCCGCAAGUCCCGCUCAAAGAGUCGCUCUAAGCCGAGGUCUGACCACGACUCCAGAAGUCGCUCCAAGGAGAAGUCUGUCACCAAGAAGUCCCACUCUCCAUCCUCUAUGGAAAAUUUUAAAGCUGAGCGAGCAAAGUCUGCGUCACGUUCUCCGUCCCCCCAGGAUGACGUCCGUCACUCAAAGUCUCCUGCCAAACGGUCACCCUCCCGUUCUCCAUCGCGAUCCAAGUCCCGCUCGAGGUCUGCCUCUCAGGACUGAUUGUACAUACUGUCCAAUCUUGCUUAGCUGGGUGCUCAUUUGCGCUGGCUGUUUUUGAAGUUUAGUAUUCUUACUUUCGAUCUUUUUGUAUAAAUACUUGGUAGUGAACCUAAUCAAAUAUCACAAUUGGACAUAAGAUGAUAGAUAUUGCAUGUGGUGGCCAGGUUGGGCAGCUGCUGUGUUACUGAUGUGUGUAACCAGUGGGCAGUUAUUAAUUCGUUAAUACACUUUUCUGCUGCUUUUCCCACACUUGCCAAGUCUAACUUUUUUUUUUUGUCCCACAAAUACCUAAAAAACAGGCUUUGGGGGAGUUGGUACUGGACUGAGUUCUGAUGUAUGUGACAAAAGUAGGUUAUAGCAGUUGGAUCAUUUUUUACAGUGUCUGUGGUAGUUUUGAAGUUCUCUGAACAGUAACCUAGCAUGCUAUCUUACGACUUCCUUACAGUUCCACCUUUAUAUUUGGAAUGUCCCUUUUUACCGUUUUAUAAAUGUUUUUCAGCCUUUUUUUUUUGGGAUGUGCAUGACGUCGAUCAUAGUGAAGAUGUUUGUUCUGUCGAACAGUACAAAACAUGGCCGUGUAUAUUUUUGAUAGCCCAGCCUUCUCUUGACUUUAAUAUCUGUUAAACUGGUUUCAGUGGUGUUAGAAAUAUGUGUAAUGAAUCAUCAAUUUGUGUAAAUCAGGUUUAAACCAUUUCCUGUUUUUUUUUCUCCUCGUAGAGAAAUUCAUUUAUACUUUACCUCUUUUGUUUGUGAUGUACAAAUGAGUUUAAUAAACAGUUGAUUUAAUGUUCA